CGCGUUGCCCCGCGUUCUGUGACUACACACACAAAAACGUCGAAAAGUAUAGAAAGCAAAUGAAGAAGUAACAAAAUCGGCGUACAAAAUCUCUAAUUUAUAAUUUAUCUUAAAAGUUACAUUGUAAAGUUCUUAUAAUAAACUUCGUAGCUUAUAUAAGCUCACAGAUUAGUAGAAAAUGCCUAUACAGUUGGAUAAAAUAUUGGCUGAUAUAGCUGAGGAAAAAGUGCUGCAUCCAAAUUAUCCGCCAGCAGGCAAAAAAGACGUAGAUGAUGCCUGGGCGCGCGUAGGCAAAAAUAAUAAAUUAUCGGUACACGAGGCACGAUCAAUAUUCAAAGUACUGCAAAAGAAGUAUGAACAGGAGAAGACCAAACGCACACCGUCAUGGAAACUAUUUGAUCUAAUGGAAAAAAUACAUCAACCAAUGAAAGAUGAAGAUACAAAGCAAGAAGAUGAUGGCAUGGUGUCUAUGGAAGAGGAUGAAGAAUAUGAGAUGCUUGAGGUACAAGAAGAGGAAGAGCCAGCAGCUGCACAAGGAAAGUUACCUUCGACAUCAGAUGGCGAAAGCCCUUCAAAAGGUGUGAAAUCUGGAGGCUCUAACGAAACAACGCCAGAGAAAGAAGCGAAACCAUUGUUAAAAACGGCUGUUAAAUCCGCGGCUACUGCUACCACUUCCAACAAAGCUUCAUGCCCAGCGGCUGAGGAGAAAAAAUUAUUGAAUUCGUUAGCUCCUUCAUCGCGACCAACAUUAAACGCUGGUGUUAAUUCCACGCCUACAUCGAAUGCGUCAACAGCUGCAACAGCUGCUGCACUACACAAAAAAGGAAUAACCAUGAAGAAAACUUCAACAGUUGCUACAACCGGGACUACAACUAGCGGAACACCGCGCGCAACCCAAGCCAAAACUAUACAAUUGCCUGAAUCAAUUAAACGUAAAUUGGUCGAAACACAGCCUGGACCACAACCUACUAAAAAAGCAAACAAUGCUGCACAAUCAUCUGCGACAGCGUCGCCUGUUCAGUCAGCGGCAACAACAACAGCUGCCAGAAAUUCUCCAAGUGUUAGCAGCGGUAACACUAGUGCUACUUUACAAGAGAGUACACUCGCUUUAAAUAAUGUACAAUCGGUCAAUAUUAAACAGGAACCAAACGACGGAAUUGGUCCGCCCGCUGGCAUAAAUUUAAUUACAAUAACUGGAAAUUCACGUGUUGAAUUGACAAAUGGUGGUGUAGGAGGUGGUCCUUCCUCAUCAACCGCCGCUACUGUAGCAUCCACAUCAACGAAUGGUUAUUCACCACGAUUAGAGGAGAUUGACUUUCGUAAUGACAUUAUUUUUGACGCGGGCAAUGGUCCCAUUAAUGGUACUGUUGCAGGCGCAGUUAAUCAUCCAAAUCAUGCAAAUGCACCUGGUGGUAUUAUUAAUUUAGGAAAUUUCGACAAUUCACUGCCACCAACAUUCUUCAAGAAUCUUUGUAACUCAUCACGUCAUGAAGCUUUGGGUCUUUACGUUGCUAACGUAAUGAAUCGUUUGCGACCGCGAUCGGCUGCAAAGCUCGAAUUGGGUAUAUUGCGAGCAAUAAUCGAUGUCCAAAGCGAUGAAUUGGAGCAAUGAAAAGGGUAAACGGUGAUUAAAAAAAAAAAAAAACAGUAGCAACACUCCAAUUAAAUUUUUUAUUAGUAUUUUGGAAUAUAUUUUUUACGCU